AUGGGCAAAAGCAAUAGCAAGGUCACGAAGGAAACUGAAAAGGACACGGUUAAAACUUCGAAACGGAAGAAAGCGUGCAAAAAACUUACACCUGAGGAAAUAGAUGAGCUCAUGGAGAAAACUUAUUUUUCAAAAAACGAGUUGAAAAAAUGGCACAAGGAUUUCGUACGUGACUGUCCUACUGGCGAACUGAGAUUGGAAGAAUUUCAGAAUAUUUACAAACAGUUCUUUCCCAAUGGCGAUCCAAGCAAAUUUGCAGCAUUUGUCUUUAAUGUAUUCGAUUGUAACGGAGAUGGAUGCAUAUCAUUUCGAGAAUUUAUUAUCGCUUUGUCAAUAACGUCACGUGGAACGCUGGAUGAAAAACUCGAUUGGGCAUUCUCACUCUAUGAUGUUGAUAAGGAUGGAUAUAUCACUAAGGAUGAGAUGAUUGAUAUUGUUCAAGCCAUUUACAGUAUGAUAGAAAAUAUCUUGGAGCCCUGUAAAGAUGGUGAUACCCCAGCUAAACGUGUUGAUAAAAUCUUCACAAGCAUGGACAAGAACGUUGAUGGUCGCCUGACUCGAGAAGAGUUCAAGGAAGGCUCAAAAGCCGAUCCAUGGAUUGUGCAGGCUCUUUCUAUGGAUAUGUCUAACUCGUAG